AUGUCUGCGGCCAUCAACCGAGGUCUCAGGACAGCUUCCCGUUCGCUGCGUCUCCAAUCGCGAAGCGUCCGCCUGGCUACUCCUCUCCGCGCCGGAGUCGCCUCCACUAACUUUGCCGCCUCCUCCACGGCUCGCUCCGCAUCUCAACCCUCCCACAACUUUUCCACCGCAUCUGUGAGACAGAGUGCCGCACCAGCCAUGGCGUCCGAGGCGAGAGAGUACGAUCCUGAGAUCAAGGACAUCGCAAACUACGUCCAAAACUACAACAUCGAUUCCGAUCUUGCCUUCGACACGGCACGAUGGGUUUUUCUCGACACUCUGGGCUGCGGUCUUGAGGGCCUUCGCUUCAAGGAGUGCAGCAAGCUGCUGGGCCCCAUUGUCCCCGGCACCGUUGUCCCCAAUGGCCCCAAGGUCCCUGGUACCGACUUCCAGCUGGACCCCGUUAACGCCGCCUUCAACAUCGGUGCCAUGAUCCGCUGGCUCGACUACAACGACUGCUGGCUUGCUGCCGAAUGGGGCCACCCUUCCGACAACCUGGGCGCCAUCCUCGCUGUGGCUGACUGGAUCACUCGUACCAACAAGGCCGGUGGUAACAUUGCCGGCGGUAAACAGUUCACCAUUCGCGACGUCCUGGAGGGCAUGAUCAAGGCCCACGAGAUCCAGGGCUGCUUGGCUCUCCUGAACUCAUACAACAAGGUCGGCCUGGACCACGUUGUUCUGGUCAAGGUUGCUAGCACUGCUGUCAUUUCCAAGAUGCUCGGCCUCAACGAGAAGCAGAUCGCCGACGCAGUCACCCAGGCUUGGGUUGACGGCCAGAGCCUGAGAACCUACCGCCACUCCCCCAACACCAUGUCCCGCAAGUCGUGGGCUGCCGGUGACGCCUGCCAGCGCGCCGUCAACCUGGCCCUGAAGGUCAUGAAGGGCGAGCAGGGCAUCCCUACCGUCCUGUCUGCCCCCGUCUGGGGCUUCUACGACGUCCUGUUCAAGGGCAAGAAGUUCGAGUUCCAGCGCCCCUACGGCAGCUAUGUCAUGGAGAACGUCCUCUUCAAAGUCUCGUACCCUGCCGUCGAGGCGUCGUCCAAGAUCCACCAGAAGCUCAAGGAGAUGGGGAAGUCGGCGGCUGAUAUCAAGGGUGUCACCUGCCGCACCCACGAGGCCUGCAUCCGCAUCAUCGACAAGCAGUUUAAGCCCAUGGACAACUUCGCCGACCGUGACCACUGCAUCCAGUACAUGGCCGCGACCAUGCUUGUCUUUGGCCGCCUCGAGGCUACCGACUACGUCGACGGCAGCGAGGCCGCGACCUCGCCUCUCGUCGAGUCCCUGCGCCAGAAGAUCAAGUGCGUCGAGGACCCGCAGUACACCAAGGACUACCACGACCCCGCCCUGAGAACCAUCUCCAACGCCCUGACGGUCGAGCUGAACGACGGCACCGUGCUGGAGGAGGUCGUCGUCGAGGCGCCUCUUGGACAUCGCCUCAGGAGAGAGGAGGCCAAGCCCGAGAUCCUGAAGAAGUACAAGAGACACUUGGAGCCUCACUUCGACGCCGGCAGAGUCAAGCAGCUUGUCGACCUUGGCCUGAACCCCAAGGAACUGGAGGCCACUCCCGUUGACGAGUACGUUGACCUAUACGUCGUCAAGGACAGCAAGUUUGUCUAG